GGCAACCUGCUUAGCAACGGACAGCAGGGUAACCGGGAGGUGGUGGAGUGGGGGAAUACCCGGAUAUAACACUGUGAGUGGGGAGCUACGGCCACGGCCGGGCGAUGUUUACGUCUCCGUUGUUCGUGCAUUUGCUGAAAUUGCUUACAGAAUUCUGAAAAGGGAUGUUUAGUCUCAUGGCUAAUUGCUGCAGCUGGCUAAAACGUUGGCAAGAACCUGUAAGGAAAGUAACUCUAGUGAUGGUAGGGUUGGAUAAUGCUGGAAAAACUGCAACUGUGAAAGGAAUUCAAGGAGAGUCUCUCGAGGAUUUAGCUCCCACAGUGGGUUUUUCAAGAAUUGAUCUAAAACAGGACAAGUUUGAAGUCACCAUCUUUGAUUUGGGAGGAGGGAAAAGAAUCCGCGCGAUCUGGAAGAACUAUUACUCUGAGUCCUUUGGUGUUAUUUUUGUUGUGGACUCCAGUGAUGUUGAUCGAAUAGAAGAAGCCAAAGACAUCGUGGCAGAGGUCAUAAGGCAUCCUAAGAUAUCAGGAAAACCUGUGCUAGUAUUGGCAAAUAAACAAGAUUGUGAUGGAGCAUUAGCGGAGGCUGAUAUUAUAGAGUACCUUUCAUUGGAAAAGCUGGUCAAUGAAAAUAAAUGUUUAUGUCAAAUUGAGCCAUGUUCUGCAACUUUGGGGUAUGGAAAAAAAUUGGACAAAGCCAUUAGGAAAGGCCUUGGUUGGCUUUUGAACACCAUAGCAAAAGAUUAUGAUAAUCUACAAGAAAGGGUGCAAAAAGACACAAUGGAACAGAAGGCACAAGAAGAGAAAGACAAACAAGAUCGGGCAGAAAGAGUCCGUCGAAUACGAGAGGAAAGAGAACAAAAAGAAAAGGAAGAGGGGAGCCCUCUAAACCAGGAUGAGGAUGAUGAACCUGACCCAAAAGUAAACCCUUUUCAACCUAUAUCUAAGAUCAUUUCUGUGAAUGAAGAGAAAAUCAGAAAACUGAAAGAGAAAAACAAAUCAAAACCUAGUGGAGAGAUUCUAAUAAGUUCUUCAGAAAAGUCAAAAUCAUCUAAGAUGCAAAUGGAAUCUGGCAACGGCAAUCAGAUGUUUGAGAGAGUGAAACCAGUUGCCCGUGUGUUAACUGAGCAACAAGAGGAAAUUGAGUGCAACCAGAAAAUGAUAGACUCUGAGUCUGCGAAGAGAAAAAUUAAAAAGAUUCCUAUAAAGAGAAAGAAUAAGGUAGAACCAUUCAGUACAGAUGAUGACUCUGAAAAUUCAAGCCCACCACCACCACCUGUCGGCUGGGGUACUCCCAAAGUUAACAGACUUCCAAAACUUGAACCUCUCGGUGAAACCCAACAUAAUGAUUUUUACAGUAAGCCGCUACCACCAGUUCAAGUGAGCCAGAAACCAAAUGCUGACACCCAUGAAGUCAUCUCCUAGCAGUAUGGAUCUCUUGUUACUCUCUGAACAAAACUAGGUAGUUUUUUUAAUGUUUUAUUUAAAAAUCAAACUUAUGAUUCAUUCUUUUCCAUCAGAAGAGAUUUUUUAAAAACUGAGCAAGAAGGGAAAGAAUCUAUCCUCACUUUUGAGAACAAAACAAAACUUUCCAUACUGCAGUCAAGGACACUGUAUUGCUACCACAUCAGCAUGUUCAGCAAAAGAAUGGCUGCAAUGGACAGGCUUACGUUUUGAGUAAAGUGUUGAAUGGCUAUCUUUAGCAAAUCUUGGAGAAGAAAGAGGCAGUGAGACAAUACACCACAGAAGUAUUUUUUUCUGCUGUUUAAGCCAGUGGAAUUUUGUAUCAAUUGAAAAGUUCAUGAAGAAACUCAACCUGACCAAGAAAAACCUUUUUAAUAUAACAUGUGAUAUUUGUACAGUACAAAACAUGUUAAUUGUGCUGAAUGUUUUGUUUUGAUUAGUCUUUCUAGAAGAUGCAACAUAGUCAUGCAAGUAAUUAUGUUUCAAACUGCAAAUAUUUUAGGUUUUGUUUCAAAGUUCAAGCAAGGACUCCUAUUCAUGUGGUCUUGAAACUCAGUGGAUUAGAUGUUUGCAAAUACUGUAGCAAAGCUUUAUUAUAUGUUCUAUGUGGAACAAAAUACGUCUUUUAAAAAAACAUACCAUGUAAAAUUGGCAAGCAUAAUUCCUUCACUUCUCUCAUACAUUGUUGAAUUGCCUCUGGAUAGGCUCUUAUAACUGCUUGUAAUAAUAUCUCAGAUUUUAUAUUGCAGAACUGCUAGUCUUUUGAAGACUCAAAUUUUGCAAUCAGUGUGAACAAAUCACGAUUAUAUAGAUUACAGUCAUAUGAGAUAUUAUUUUGGAAAUUGCUUGUAUUUUCCAUUCAAAGCUGUAGGUAGACCUGUAUUUCUAGAGAACAGAUAUAAUGUAGUAUACUUCAAUAAUCAUAAAAGUUGUGUGUAAAAUUUAGAGUUUUUAUCUUAACUAGAACUAUCUAUAUUGUUUCUGUGAUGCUUAUUCAUUUUCUUAAAAUGUUUGACCAUAUUUGUUUAUAAUUGUUACUAUUUUGUAUUUAUCUAAUUAGUUUGUGAGUUUUUCAAGCACUUUGUACACCUUUCAGAAAGAAUCUUGCAUUUUUAUAAAAGUAUUACUUGUCGUGAAAAGAUAGAGUGAAUCCCUUGUUAAAACCUUAAGAAAUAAUAACAAGAGAUGGCUAAAUGGCCACUCAAAGCUAUUUUGUCAUUAGGGAAGAUCAUGGUCAAGCUUCAACCCACCAGCUCUUUCACAUAUCUCUUGAGUGCA